GUUGCGUAAGGGGGAGGGCCCGGCCUUCGGACUUUAGUCGUCCUGAGGGGAAAGUGAAAGGAAGCCGCAGUUCCAGCCUCUUCCGCUGCUGCCGAGACUGACGGAGAGUCCCUUCCUCGAUUACCGCCGCCGCUGCCGUGUGAUGGCUGCUACCAGCACCGCCGCUCUCCUCCGGGCUGCGGCCUCCUCCGGCUGCCGGCUUCUCUCGGCCUCCCGGGGGGCCGGAGGCGGCUGGGUUGCCGCUGCCAGCCUGGGCCCGUCGCGGCUGUUCCACGCCUCGGCCCGGGCGCCGCUCAGCUCAGAAGAUAAAGUUACUGUGCACUUUAUAAAUCGUGAUGGUGACAAGCUAACAGCCCAAGGGAAGGUUGGGGACUCUCUUCUAGAUGUUGUGGUUGAUAACAACCUAGAUAUAGAUGGAUUUGGUGCAUGUGAAGGAACACUUGCCUGCUCCACUUGCCACUUAAUCUUUGAAGAUAAUAUAUUUAAAAACCUAGAUGCAAUCACUGAUGAGGAAAUGGAUAUGCUGGACCUUGCCUAUGGAUUGACAGACAGAUCUCGACUGGGUUGUCAGAUCUGCUUGAAGAAGUCUAUGAACAAUAUGACUGUUCGAGUGCCUGAUGCUGUUGCUGAUGCCCGCCAGUCCAUGGAUAUGAGCAAUAACUCUUUGAAAUAAGGCCUUCAGGGUAUUUUUGGGGACAUAAAAUAUUUUUAUAACUUAUUUCUAAAUGUUUUAAUGGAAUGAGAAAAUACACAGAAAUAUGCAUUUUUUGAUUAUAAAGAUUAGAUUGUAAGGAUUGUCUAUAUCUGUUAGCCUUAAGAGUUUUUGAAUCUAAAAUUAGAGACCACUUAGAGAGACUAUGUUAGACACACAGGCUACAGUCCAAUACUCACUAAUCUAGGAGCAAGUUCCAUUUAAUUCAGUGUGACCUCUACACAGUGUAACUUCUACACAAACAUGCAGAGGAUUUCACCAAUUGUGCCAUUUUGUUCCUAGAGGAAUGCUUCCUUUUUAUUAGCAUUUACAGUCAUACCUCGGGUUACAGCUGCUUCAGGUUGAGUCUCUUCGGGUUGCGUUCCGCGCAGAACCUGGAAGUACCGGAACAGGUUACUUCCGGGUUUCGGUGCACGGAUCACGUUCGCAACCCAAGCAUCCACUAUACUGCUAAUAAUUCCCCCCUCUUUGUGGGGGAGAAUUCCAUAAAUGGGUGUCGCUACUGAGAAGUCCCUCUCCCCAGUUGUCACCCACGUAACUUCUGACUGUGGCAUCGGCCAAAUGAGGGGUUUGGCAUACGGGCAGACAUUCCUUCUGGAUUUCUGGCCCCGUAACCUGUUUAUGAUUUCUUCUAGAAUAGCAUAUUACAUGAAAUAACACAUUAAGAACACAUUUAUCAAGGUAAUUUCCAAUAUGCACUAGGGCAUAAAAGAACGAAUCAAGAAAUGAAAUAAGCCAAGGGAGAUGAUAAUAAUUACUGUCUUCCUCCACUGGUCCAUGAGGACUGUACAGUUGCAUAAUGAAAAAGAGCCACAUUUAUCCUGCUCUGCCUCUUUUGUCCCCUUUAAGGCAUCUUGUACUCCAGUGGCACAGAAUAAAUGCAUAAACAAUAUGACUUAAAAUGCUCUAGAGUUGGUGUUUUUGUUGCAGAGAAGAUUUUCAUGCACACGUUGGUUUUUCCAACAUGAGCCACAAUGGUUUGCACAGAAACAUUAUACUCUGCAUUCUGUAGGAUGAAAUCUUUUAUCCUAAAGCAACUUGCCACAUUAUCAAAUGAAUGUGAUUGUGAAGUGGCAAACACAGUAAGCUUUAGAUUGGUAAAGAGCAUUUCUGUGGUGGCAUUUCAAUGCAAAGUUUACCUGUGCUUCCUUUGAAAAGAAAAUGUUUCUUGAAUUAAUCCUAGGUAGUUAGGCAGAAAGAGACCAAUGUUUCUUUCCAGUCCUGUAAUUAUCCUGUAAAUGUUGGUGAUGGACUACUCGGAGAUGUAUGUAUUUCUCAGUUUUAAUAAUCUGAAAAUAAAUUCUUUUUUCUACCGUA